AUGGUGCGGCGCAGCUUACAGACUAGCGAAAAUGGUGCCGCCCCACCGGACAUGAUAAACGCAUUUUUUAUUGAUUAUUGGAUUUCAUUAGCAGAAGAAAAUGGAAACCCGCCUCCGCCUAAAAAUGAAGAUGCAGUGGUAACAACUAUAGGUGAUUUCGGUAAAUGGCAGAAGAGAUUAGCUAUGAUGAUGGCAUUACUUAGGUUCCCAAUUAGUUGGUAUCAACUGGAUAUAAUAUUCCUUGCCCCUACAACAGAAUUUUGGUGCAAAAAGCCAGAAGCGUUUUCUGAGUAUUCGGACGAUAAGUGGCGACAGAUGUCUGCUCCGCUCGUAGAGGAGAACCCCUGUAUGAUUUUCGACCCAGAGAUCUUACAAAUCUAUCCAACCCUAAGCAGAAGUCUGGUACCAUUAGUAAAGUGCGAAAGCUUUGAAUACAACUUAUCUGUGUUCACUAAAACUAUUAUCACAGAGUGGGAUUUGGUUUGUGAUCGUCAGUGGAUGGUCAACUUUACACAGGUUGUUCUAAUGUGUGGAUUUCUUUUUGGUAGUAUUAUAUUCGGAAAUGUAGCCGAUAAACAUGGUAGAAAAACUCCACUCAUGAUUUCCAUAGUAAUACAAACAUUGAUGAGCUACGCGGCGAGUUUUGUGCCUUCUUACUGGAUGUUCCUCGUUUGCAGAUUUAUUUUGGCCCUAGCUUCUGGGGGAGUAGGGAUUAUAUCGUUUGUAAUAGUAAUCGAAAUUGUAGGUGGUAAAUGGCGCACGAUAAUUCCCAUCCUCUAUCAGUUGCCGUUCGGACUGGGUAAUCCCAUAAUGGCAGGACUGGCAUAUUGGCUCAGAGACUGGAGAAAACUACAGUUUGCAUUGUCGACAUUAUCAGCAUUAUUCAUAUUGUAUUGGUUCUGUAUAUCUGAAUCGCCGAGGUGGUUGCUGGCGACAGGAAAUACAGAGGAAGCUUACGACGUACUGAAAAAAGCAGCCCGUAUAAAUAAAAGAGAAUUCAACAAGAGCAAAGUCAAGGCAAUGAUAAAAAAUGUUAAGGGACGUCCAGAACGCGUUCUAAGUUUCAUAGAUUUCCUUAAACUGAAGAACAUGCGAAUGAGAACUGUGAUGCUGGCAAUUACUUGGUUCUGCACUGGCUUAAGUUUUUAUGUAUUAGCCCAAUACCUUGGCUGGAUUGGAAAUAACAUUUCCUUAUCUGUAAUGCUAAGCGGGUUAAUUUCUUCCAUCGGCCCGAUUAUCUGUGUUUUGGUAAUUAUGAAGAUGGGCCGAAAGACAACUUUGGCGAUUUUUGAAGGGUUUACGGCUCUCUGCUUCGUAUUCAUAAUUGUGAUACCACGAGAUGUGUUUACGAGUGACUGGCCAAGACUUGUUUUUGCUGGAAUUGGAUUUGGAGGCAUGGCAGGAACGGUUCCGGUACUGUACCUCUAUUCUGGUGAACUGUAUCCAACAUUAGGGCGAAACGUAGGAGUAAGCGGCGUUUCAACCUUCGCCCGGAUAGGCUCUAUGGUGGCACCAGUGGUGACCAGCCUUAACGAAUUGCAUCCAGAUUUACCCUUGUAUGUAAUGGCUGUAGCAUUAUUUGCCCAAAUACUAGUGCUUAUACCGUUGCCUGAAACCAAGAAUCGUCCGUUGCCUGACACCCUGGAACAGGCCGAACAACUUGGUCAGACGCAAAAAGUUGACAAUGUUGACAUUUGGACAAAUACGACUCCCAUUUUGCCAAAACAAAAGUGA